CUAAGAAAGAGAUACACAGGAAAGAAGAGAUCAAAACAGAGUCAAAUUUUUGAACGCCAACCGCUCCAAUUUUCCAAUUCCACUUCAUCAAUGCCCACCAUCGCAAAAUCCCACCUUUAAAUACCUCCAUUUUUUCAAAACCCAUGUUUUAGUUUCUCAAGUUGUGAUCAUAUAUUUCCUCUAUCAAUCACCGCAUAUAUCCCCAAGUUUUUCCCUGUUCUUUUGGCUUUUGUACUAGCAGCAUGACGGCUUUGAACAAGAAUCAGUCAAGACUCUGCCUUUUUCUCCUCAAAAUCUGAUCCCAUGUGUUGUGACAGCUUCAGUUGAAUCCGUGUCUCUUACUUUAUCUUUGCCUGCUAAUAUAUUUCCCCUUCUGUUAUUGAUAGAAAUUUAGGGUCAUUUGAAUUCAAAAUUUUACACUAUUCUGCCUGUUUCUUUCUAGAAUCAACAAAAUUCUGUUGAUUUUGAGGAAUCACAAUCCCUUUCUAUUCAGUUCCCGUAUGUUCCUCUGAGAGUUCCUUAAUUCGUGUUAAGAAGAUUCAAUUUUGAUUCCAAGUUUCUGUCUUUUUUGUUUGUUCCCUUCAAGUUCCCAAUUCUUGCGGAAAUUGAACCAUGGGAAUUCAGAAGGAUAGGGUGAGAUUUAAUGUUGGUGGAAAAAUCUUUGACACUUCAGCCACAACCCUGGCGAAUGCUGGCCGAAAUUCUCUCUUUGGAGCUAUGUUUGAUGAGAAUUGGGACCUCCAAUCUGGUCAUUCCACCACGGAGCACUUCAUUGAUCGAAAUCCAGACUAUUUUGCAGUUCUUCUUGACCUUCUCAGGACAGGGGAAUUGUAUCUUCCGUCAAACAUGUCUGAGAAACAGUUAUACAGAGAGGCUCUGUUUUAUGGCAUUUUGGACCACGUCAGGUCUGCUAAGUGGGGUCCGUUCGAUGGAAACAGGCUCCGAUUAGCCCGGUCAGUAACUGGCCGGGCACCGGGCGAUGGGACUGCUAUCAGGGCUGGUCCAGAUGGUGGCUGUUGUGUGGCUCAUGGUAGCAUGGUUCAUGUGUAUGAUUGGAUGCUUGAAGUGCAUCCUCCUAUUAAUCUUGAUUAUCAAAGAGUCAAUGAUGCUGGUUGGAUCGAUCCUGAGAGCAUUGUAAUCAGUGCUUGUGAGAGGUUUGGUACGGGAGAUGGAGGCAUGGGAUUGUUCAGUGCAUCCACGGGGGAACGAAGGUAUAAAUUUCAUGUUAGUCAUGAAAAUCAAGUUAAGAGUUACACUGCUGGUGCAUUGAGUUUUAGUCCAGAUUAUAAGUUGUUUUCUAGUUGUAAAGGUAGGAGCAAUGAGUAUGGGAUUGGUGUUUGGGACCAAGUGACGGGGAAGCAGAUUGACUUUUUUUAUGAGCCACCUGGAUGGUCACUCGGUGAAGCAGACAAACUACAAUGGUUACAUGGUAACAACUGCUUGUUGGUAGCAACUUUGUUUCCAAGAAAGGACAACUGUUACAUUGGUUUGCUGGAUUUCAGGGACAAAAGCAUGCCUUGGUCCUGGUCUGAUGUAGGGGCUCCAAUUACGGAUGAAAAGCGAGUUAGGGAUGCAAUAGCAAUGGAGGAGAGUAGCUCCGUAUGCGUGGUGAAUGAAUACGAGGACUUGGGGUUCAUGGAUUUGAGGAGGGCUGCCGGAAGUGUGAGAUGGAGUUCAAGGAGCCGGUUGAUGAAGGGGAAAAUGCCUGAUGAACCAUGCUAUCCAAAACUGGCGUUGCACGAAGGACAGCUAUUUUCAUCGAUGAACGAUAGCAUCUCAGUGUUCUGUGGUCCAGAUUGGGUGUUAACAUCAAGGCUUCGACGAACUUAUGGCGGUUCAAUUUGUGAUUUUUCCAUAGGUGGUGAUCGGCUUUUUGCCCUGCACAGCGAGGAAAAUGUAUUUGAUAUAUGGGAGACUCCAUCUCCACCUAUCAUAUGAUCAUAUACUUAGUUUUGUUGUUCAACUGCUUAGUCACCUUCUUCUGAAUGUUACUGUUUGUUCUCUCUUAUACACUAUUGACAACCGGGUUGGCGCCUUUGAUAGCAGAGAGGCCUAAAGCUUCUGUUUGGUGCUUGAAAGUUAGAGAAGAUAAGGUUGAGCCUUAUCUAAUUGUGAGAUUGUACAGAAUUUUCUCAUAAUGACAUAGACAUCAUAUGAUGAGACAGAUUGCUUAACAACCA